AUGGAAACGUUUAUAGAAGGUGUUCGGCUACAACCCUGUUUAUGGAAUCCCCUGCAUCCAGACUAUCGCGAGAUGCACGUCAAAGAUGAGGCAUGGCAGUGCGUCGUCGAUCAUUAUAAAAACAGUUCUAUACCCAAUAUACAGGUAGCGAAAAUAGAAUGGAAGAAAUUACGUGAUAACCAUCGAGACGCCCUGAAGCGAGCUAAGCUUGGAAAAAAUAAAUUAUUGCCGGCUCAAAUCACAACGUGGAAAUACGCCAAAGCUAUGCAAUUUCUUGAACCACACAUGAAAUACAGAAUUACAGAAAACAUUGAGAUAGAUCCGCCCUCAGGGUCUACCAGUAGUAUAAAGAAUUCUGAACACGAUGUGUCUACAACAGAAAGCGCCGAUGGUCAACUAAUUGGAGCUCCACUAUCAAAACGUCGGUGUCUUGAAUGCAAAACUGAAAAUCGCCAAGAGUCAGAUGCGCUCGAGUCUUUCUUCAACUGUAUACUUCAAAGUACAAAAACUAUGCCACACUGGAUGCAAACCCAAGUGAAAAAAAAAAUAUUUGCGGUAAUCAUUGAUGCAGAAGAAUAUUUAUCUGGGGAAGAUAAAACACAAAGCGAAAGGGAACAUCUAGUUCUGCCGUUUGAAAAGAAAAUAAAAACGGAAAUGUUUACGGACGAUAGCUGUGACAAUGAAUACACG